CCGCGCGCCAUCGCAGCUUGCUGGCGGUCCCGGGAGGAUCGAGUGUCGCGACCUGUGAACGAACAUCGACGAGCAUCGGCAGCAGGCCUCCGCCCGCCAUGGCGGUGCCCAGGGCCGCGGCAGUGGCGCUGCUCGCCGUGGCCGUCGUCGUCGUCGUCCUGGCCGAGACGCAGCCCGCCGCCGCGCAGCACAUCGUGCAGGAGAUCGACGAUCCUGGAGCCUACAUGUUCACGCCGUCCUCGCUCUCCAAGAGGAAGACGACCACGACCACGACGCCGGCCCCGGAGACCACGACGGACGUCCCGGAGUACACCGGCACCACGGACAAGGACGACAAGAAGGUGCCCGACCCAAGCUUCGUGGACGAGAUCGAAAACGUGACGGCGCCGGCGGGGCGCUCCAUCAAGCUGUCCUGCACCGUCAAGGACCUGGGCGCCUACCGGGUGGCGUGGAUGCACUUCGAGCAGUCGGCCAUCCUGACGGUGCACACGCACGUCAUCACGCGCAACCCGCGCAUCUCGGUGUCGCACGACAACCUGCGCACCUGGUUCCUGCACAUCAGGGACGUGCAGAAGGAGGACCGCGGCCGCUACAUGUGCCAGAUCAACACGGCCAACGCCAAGACGCAGAUCGGCUACCUGCACGUCGUGGUGCCGCCCAGCAUCUCCGACACGCAGAGCUCAUCGGACGUGAUCGUGCGCGAGAACGCAAACGUGUCGCUGGCGUGCGCCGCCUCGGGGUCGCCGGACCCCGUGGUCAAGUGGAAGCGCGACGACAACUCCACCAUCAACGUCAACAAGACCCUGGCCGUGACGGAGUGGGAGGGCACCCGGCUGGAGAUGAGUCGCAUCAGCCGCGUGGACAUGGGCGACUACCUGUGCAUCGCGUCCAACGGCGUGCCACCCACCGUCAGCAAGCGGAUCCGUGUCAGCGUGGACUUCCCCCCCAUGCUGCAGAUCCCCCACCAGCUGGUGGGCGCGCCGCUGGGCUCCACGGUGACCCUGGAGUGCUCCACCGAGGCGCACCCCAUCAGCCUCAACUACUGGACCCGCGAGAAGGACAUGAUCCACGAGAACAGCAAGUUCCACGCGGACACGCAGCGCGCCGAACUGCCGUACAAGAGCCACAUGACGCUCACCAUCCGGAACGUCGAACAGGCGGACUACGGCACGUACAAGUGCGUGGCCAAGAACCCCCGCGGCGAGACUGACGGCGUGAUUCGACUCUACAGAGUGUCCACCACGCCCACCACCUCGCCACCGCCUCCACCGCCCACCACGGACCCGAUCGUGGAGACGAGGGAUGAGUCCAGCAGUAGCAGUAGCAACAACAACAACGUGCUGGACUCGUUCCGGGAGAGGGACAAGGGUUCCAAGUACCUGUCGAGCCUCAACGAAAUCAACAAGUCGGAGCACAAGUCGCUGGACGCCGGUGGCAAGGGGCCCCGACAGGAGUGGCCCCCGGGCAGAACAUCGGGAUGCAGGACGCUGCUGCCUUUCGCCUGGACCCUGCUCAUCGCCGCCGUCCUGGCCAGGGUCACCGCGCCGCUCUGAGAGCCGUGGUGAACGCCAUGGUGAACGUCUUGGUGAAAACCGCGGUGAACGCCGUG